CAGAGAUUUGCAUGGAUGAUCAGGUUGCAAUGACAAUUCCCUCCAAAAAGGAUAUCAAGUAUAUCCACUUUGAGGCUUAUUCUGAAGCCCUUCCAUCAGAGCUGCAAGAUCAGAACUCGGAGGAUGAGGAGAAAUAUGGAGCCUCGGACAUUGAGACUAAAUCAGACUCUGAGGUUCCUGAAGUUCCCGUUCCUGCAGACGACACACCAGAGGGUCUCAACAAAGUCCUCUCAAGCCUUUCCUGGCGAUGGAGGAACUGCUGAGUG